CACAUGAGGGACCUGCAUCCUGGGUGAUGAAGUCAGACACACGGCAGAUGGGUGAGUGGUAGCGUUCAGAUAAGCAUCUGUGCCUUUGUGGGGAUUCCAAGGGUCGCUCAGCACCCAGGACAUUUGUCCUCUCCCCGUCAUGCACAACGGAUCAUGCUGCCUCAUUGAAGGGAACCCCAUCUCUCAGGUGAUGCCGCCCCUGCUCAUUCUAGCCUUUGUGCUGGGCGCUCUGGGCAACGGGAUCGCCCUGUGUGGCUUCUGCUUCCACAUGAAGACCUGGAAGCCGAGCACUAUUUACCUUUUCAACUUGGCCGUGGCUGAUUUUCUCCUCAUGAUCUGCCUGCCCUUUCGGACAGACUAUUACCGCAGACACAGGCACUGGGCUUUUGAGGACAUUCCCUGCCGGGUGGUGCUCUUCAUGCUGGCCAUGAACAGGGCCGGGAGCAUCGUCUUCCUUACGGUGGUGGCUGUGGACAGGUACUUCAAAGUGGUCCACCCCCACCACGUGGUGAACACCAUCUCCAACCGGACAGCAGCUGGCAUUGUCUGUGCCCUCUGGACCGUGGUCAUCCUGGGGACGCUGUAUCUUUUGAUGGAGAGUCAUCUGUGUAUGCACGAGACAGUCAUCUCUUGUGAGAGCUUCAUCAUGGAGUCAGCCAAUGGCUGGCACGACAUCAUGUUCCAACUGGAGUUCUUCCUGCCCCUUGGCAUCAUCUUGUUUUGCUCUUUCAAGAUCGUUUGGAGCCUGAAGCAGAGGCGGCAAUUGGCCAGACAGACUCGCAUGAAGAAGGCAACCCGGUUUAUCAUGGUGGUGGCUGUCGUGUUCAUCACCUGUUACCUGCCCAGCGUGUCGGCCAGACUGUAUUUCCUCUGGACAGUGUCCUCGAGUGCCUGCGAUCCCGCCAUCCAUGUGGCCCUCCACGUCACCCUCAGUUUCACCUACAUGAACAGCAUGCUAGAUCCCUUGGUAUAUUAUUUUUCAAGUCCCUCGUUUCCCAAAUUCUACACCAAUCUCAAAAUCUGCAGUUUGAGACCCAAGCGGCCAGGACGCUCCAAGACACGAAAGUUGGAAGAGAUGCCAGUUUCGAACCUCUGUCGCAAGAGUUGCAUCAGCGUGGCAACCAGUUUCCAAAGCCAGUCUGAGGUUCAGUGGGAUCACCAGAUGUGUUGAAUGGCACUGAAUACACAGACCAACAAUAUGGAGGCAGACAGACUGGCAACUUAGAAUUAACCCAUGCUAAGGGGGUGAGGACUCUGAAAAUACCACCCCCUUUCU